UUGUAACAAAGAAAAGAGAAAGCCCUGCACAACAAAAGAAAAGCAAAAGCAUGCCAAUUGGUCCUCCCAUUUUCCUCGUCUUUCCCUUCUUUCCACGCCAUCUUUUCCUUUCCCAGAAACUCAUCUUCUCCCAUCCUCUCUCUCUCUCUCUCUCUCUCUCACUCACUCAUUCUAAUCAUUGGGCUAUAAGAUCAAUUUUGUCCAUGUUUGCUUAGCAGGAAGAUGGAAACUCCAUGAUUAGAACCCCAAGUUGUAAUAUUUUUCCAUGGCUGCGCUUGGCAACCCAAAAACUUGGAUUCCCUACGUGAACAUCAGAGAUUGCUCUCAAGGUUUUUGCAGUGUUUACUGUCCACAGUGGUGUUAUAUAGUGCUUCCUCCUCCUCCUCCACCUGCCCUCGAUUUCCCUCAAGAUGACGAUUCAUCCCCAAAUUUCUCUCCUCUCGUUAUAGCCAUAAUUGGGAUAUUGGCCAGUGCUUUCCUUCUGGUAAGUUAUUACACGUUCAUGUCCAAGUACUGUGGGAACAGAGGAAGAUCUUCAGACGGAGAGAAUCUUCCCCAGAAUGAUGAGAUUGAAGAUAACCACAACCCUUCGCUGCACGAGCCCUGGCAUGUCCAAACCAAUGGGUUAGAUGAAGCUCUGAUAAAGUCAAUCACAGUGUGUAAGUACAAAAAAGGAGAUGGGUUGGUUGGUGUCACAGACUGCUCUGUUUGUCUCAGUGAGUUUCGAGAAGAUGAGCAUAUCAGA